CUAAAAAUAGCUGCAGCCCAAGAGGAGCAGGAUGAUGCAGCUACCCAUGGUAAAUCUCCACCCCUGCCAGCUGCAACCUGGAGCUGAAUCACAGCCGCGGCCUCGGGGGCCCAGGGCGUGCCGUGUUUACCUGCAAGGUGGGCGGCUGGACACUACUCGGGGAACUCCCACUGGGACCCCUCAGCAGACCCCUCCGGCACCUGCUUCCUCAGAUCGGGUUUGCUGCCUGUCCCCUAAGCCGUGCCACACAGCCCUCGGGGCAGCUGCACCGGGCUGGGCCUUGACCAUGGCAGCAGGGCUCCUAAGGAUGGCCCAGGGAUCCCGUAUGUCCUUGCAGACCCCCUCCUCCCAGGCUGCAGCACCAGGGGGGCUGUUUCUGCAGGAGCAAGUCCAGAGCCAGCGCACAGUCUGGGCGCCGGAGCCUGUCGCAGGCUCCGCGCUCCAACAGGCACUAGGGCUGGGGUGGAGGGCAGCAGACCCAGGCCUGGGACCGAACCCAAGGUGUGGGACUGCGGGUCGAGCAAAUCCACAGCACGAUCACAAGGGCCUGGUGUCCUGGCAUCACCCACGUCCACAGUUGCUGCUGCAGAAGUGUGGCCAGGCAUUGGCACGCACUCCAGCGGUGCGUGCCCUGACCUGCCGCGCAGAUAACAAUCGCGCCUGUCCCGCUGUCUCCUCCGCCUGUUACGGGAAGCGCUCCCUCCUCUCCAGUCACCUAGGUUUCAUUCUCCUCCAGCUCCAGACCUGCCCGAGGCUGAGCCCUCAAAUGGCAGCCCUUGCACACCUGGUCAGACUCCUGCUUGCUCGCAGGCAGGGGGUCGCCAUUCAGAGACAGGCCUUGAAACCCAAAUCCCAGGUGACUAAAUGCCAGCUAGCCUCAGAAAGGCCCCAACUUCACAGCCCCAGCGAGCGCCCCGUCCUUUACCUCAGGGAGAACAGACCCAAUGCAUCCAAGCACUCUCACAGUGGUGGAUCCAGAGCAAUAAAGGGCAAGCUAGCUCCACCUCUGCUUUCCUCUGCAUAAAACCACCCACUCCUUCUGCCUCUGCUUCCCAGCCUGAAAAAAUAAAUGCAGAAUUUGGGCCGACUCUAGCCACCAGGCAGGCACCGUGCACAUUGGUUUUAAUAGAUGUGUGCACUAGAAACAGUCAUUCACUCGUGAAAAGUGGAGGCCACUUCCCUUCGCCCUCCCCAUGUGCCCAGUUCAAACUGAACACAGCUACAAUACCAUUUCCUUUGCCUUCCCAUAUUUCCCACUUCGGCCUUGCCCGGAGUGCAUCCAUCAUCUCCUCCGAUUUAUUUUCGUAGGCUUAUUUUGAAGCCACAGGCACACAUCCCGAAGGAUCGGCCGUCAACAUUCAUAAAAUACCAGCCUGCAUUCUUUUCAUAAGGAGAUUAGCUUAUCUUUUCAGGCCGGCUUGUGUCACUCAAGACUACAAUGUGGUUUGUUGGGAGCAAGAGAUGCAUAAUGCAAAGGGUCUUGUUUUUGUUCCAGAUAACAGUCCCUACAUCACAAGAAGCCCAGAUAAACGGCCGUGGAAACUCUGGAGGAGAUUUAAGGAGGUGCGUUUCGCUGAAUUGCUAGCAGAGUCCAACCCCUGCAAUCGGCCCCCGUGGUGUGAAGGUGACUGGAUGCCCAACCCUCACUGCUUCCCAAGGGAUUUAGAUGCUUUGCUACUUUUAAAACUGUGCCCUACGAGGCUUGAGGCAUCUAAAAAUGGGCACGUGGGUUUUUAUGAAGAAAACCUGUCUCCUGAAGAGGCAUCAAACUGGUCCAAAAAAAAAAUUUAAAAAAAACCCGAAGAAAAGAAAACCAAAAGACAGACAAACAAUCACCAGGAUGUUUUAAGCUCUCAGGCCAAGCCAUCAACCCCACCCGACCUGCGCUUCGCAUGGGAGCUAACAGCCAAGGUCCAAAGACCGUUUUGGGCUGUUCUCUGCUCUGCCUGGGUCCGGACCACACGUGUCUGCCCGCAGCACGCAUUACAUGACAGAGGAAGACUCCCCGAAGUUCAGUACGGGCACCGCUGCUCUGCUAAACUUAAGUCAUUACUGCAAAACUAGCACCGGCUCUGCCACAGCCACUGCAACGCCCACCCCUUGGGUUUAAUGACUCAGAUGUGAAGUUCCUGUUGGGUAGGAAAUGGGGAAUUCCUCUGGUCUGGGGACAUGUCUUUCCUGCCGCCAGCUUUCCAGCUGCCUGCAGCUGUUAUGGCAGAACGGUGUUAACAACACUGUGAAGGAAAAUCGAGUCCUAGCAUUGUAAAGUCAGAAACUGUCAUCAAGUCUCUGUCCCCAGCUCCUCCAGGCUACUGCAAGGGGAAAGCUUCACCCCCAUCCCACCGAGGGAAGACCAGGUGCAGAAGCUGAGAUGGUUUCAGUGGACUUGGACCUCCUGAGCACAACCCCCGAUUGCAUCCAUGGAGGCAGCAUCUGCACCCGUGGCUGUCUGGGAUGCCAGCCUGCGCCCCAACAGAUGCCUACAUGAUGGGCACAGUGAGCUCACACCUCUGAGUUGGUCGCAUUACAUCACUUGAACAGAAAUAGCCCGGGCUGCCAGCGAGGCCCAGAGCUGACUCACUGCAGGUCACCACCCCAGCCAAACCCAUGUCAUAAGGAAGGGAAAAAAAUAAUAUCGCAGGACCCGCCCUCAUUCAUCUCAUGACAAAGGGUUUGGGAGUCUGAAGCGUUCAGAGCAAUUCACUUCUGGCUGGAGGAUCCCUGACUUAUAUAUCACAGCCCCAAAUAACCUGUGUUCCCGCCCAGUACAGGGGGUGAGUCACAGGCAUCGGUCCUGUGGCUACGGGACCGGAGCGGAGAGCCGGCCUCUGCUCUAAGGGACAGUUUUGUGCUGCACUGAGUCACCAGCGGCCGGGGGAGCAGGAGGGGCCGUGAACUCCACCCCGAGGAUACAGCACGGGCUUCGUCUCGCAGCUAGGCCUUUGCCUCAGGGGAGAGGAAGAAUUAAGGAUUAGACAUUUACUGUCAUGGAAUCAGAACAGCAUCUGUUGCCCGCUCGCUCGGACAGUCAUGACCAGGGCCAGCACUCUUCAAGGCGAAAGCCGAGCUCCAGUUGGGACCUGGGAGACGGCCCCUCGUUCGUGCGCCGUGGGCUUGCUCGGGAGCGGCAGGCAUUGCCAGUCACUGAUGGAGUCGCGGGAGACUAGCUGGGCCACUGCUCUCUUCCGGGAGCAGCCAUGGGGCAGGGGGCUCGGCCCGCCUUGAUGCCUCUGCAGGGUUGCGUCUAGCUCUGGGUUAGCGCUUCCCAACGUGUCCAGCUAUGCACACGGAGCCAGCAACAAGCAGCAGGGGAAAAAAGAGGCCGAGAGCACUUCAUGGUUUCUUUUUCUGAUGUCUCGCAGGAAACUUUCACCCGCUUUUGUUCUGACCACGGACAGAAAGGGACAGCUAGACGCAAGAAAUCGCCAGGCUCCCCUGGCGUGAACCUGCUCUGGCAGCCCAAGGCUGUUGCACCAACCCCAAGUGAGCCUCAGCUCUCCCCCCGCACAGGCCAUCACCGAUCUCGUCCUCGCGACCAGAACUGUCCAUCACGUGCCCCCGGGAGCUCUGCUGUCAUUGCUGACGGCCGCGCCAAGAGGCCCCGUCUGAGAUCAGGGCCCCUCGUUCUCACGCGCCGCUCUGCAGGACAGGGCCUCUCUGUUGCUCGAGGCCGAGGCAGACAAAGGGACCGGGGAAAACAGAGGUCCUGUCACGCCGCCAAGCAGCACGUCCCGGGCUGGGCUAGGAGCGGGGCUCAGCUUUGCUCAGGCCCUUUCUGCUCGUUUGCACCCUCCAGAGCUAACCCAGCCCCUGUCCUACCAGCAAGGCAACCUUUCCUCUGCCACCUCAGCCUGCACAGUGCCCCACAGGGCUCGCUCCCUGCUGCCUGGUCCUUUGUGCCCCCAUGCAUGUGCCUUGCCCCUCGUCUGAAUGCUUCUAACAGAGCAAAUGAGGGCUGGAAGGGACCUCAGGAGGUCACAUCUAGUCCAACCCCCUGCUCAAACCAGGAGCAGCCCCAACUACAUCAUCCCAGACAAGGCUUCGUCCACCCGGGUCUUAAAAACUCACAGGCUUGCCCUGGUCUCACAUUGGGUCAUCUGCAGCAGUAGCAAUGGAAACCCCAGUCCAGGCCUGUGCCUUGCUGUGCUGAGGGCUGCGUCCCCGAGUCAGAAGCAGUCUCUGCCCCCCAAACAGUUCACCGCUGCUUUUAAGGUGGGUGACAAGUGGGUGAAGAAGCGAUGCAGGUAGAAGCAGGGGUAAGGACCCACUCAGUCGUGCCAGCGAUGCGUGGAGGGGCUGCGUCAUGUUCCCCCUUUGCACAGGGAUUUGUUGGAGGAGGGAUGAAGCAAAGAGUUACAUUUUUACGCGCACAUACACGCACAUACAUGUACACACACACCGGCAGUCCCAGCUGCAGGGCUGUGUCCUGGUGACUCAACUGGCAGGAAAAGCCAGCCCUGGAGCCUGGGGGUGGGGAGCGGGGUGCAACAGCUCCCAGCCUCCUGCCCUUCCCCGUCCCUGUGCACUGUACCAGCAAAGUGCUCCUGGCAUGGACACUAGUGGCAAAGCCACGCCAGGCCCCCUGGCAGGUGAGACAAGCUGGACAUUGGAAAUGCAUGUGCACCUGUCUAGUGCAUCAGCAUGGCCAGAGCACCAGACAGCAGGCAAGGGAAGAAGCAGCGACCGAAGAGCCUGGGAAGAGAAGGCAGCAGGGAGGUUUUCCACAGGCUCUGGCAUUUCCAGCUCCAGCUCCUGCUCCUUCCUGUGCCGCGGGGUCAGGAAGCUGUUAGGAGGGGGAGACAGCGGCCACGCCUGAGCUCACCCGGAGGAGGGGAGAGGAGAGAGCCACCCCGCCUCAAGUCUCCUUGCCCUGGCUGGGGUCCCAGGGAGUCUCCAGCUCCUCCCCUUCCUGAGGCUUUUGGCCUUGCACUCCUCGGCUCCCAGCCCUGUUUGCACUUGGACUCUGCCUCCCAUGUCUCACCUUUGGGAAAAAGAGGCCUGGAGCAGGGCCGGGACAAGCCUGGGCCUUCCCUGCUCCGUGCUGCCCAAGCUCAGCCAGGGCUUGCUCCCCCACCGCCUCCCAAGGCCCUCCACUCCAUGUGUCACAGGGCUGCUGGUGGCUGCCACAGGCACCUGUGCAUUGCACGCAGAUAAUGUGUGCGCUGGGGCUGAACUAACACGGCCCUGGGAACCUCACAGAUGCAGGCGUCUGAGGUCCCAGCCUCGGGGACAUGCUGACUGCAGUGGUGUAAAAGACCAAGCAGCAGCUCCGGCUGGAUCAGGUGAGCGCAAGGAUCAGACAUCAGCUCCCCUUCCCUGGCCCUUGGCGUGAUAUCUGCGCCGGCAGGGCAGCUGCCAAACGCAUGUGUCUGGGUUGGCUGGAGCCUUACGGCCCAUACACUGGUACAAAUGAUAAUGCCUGGUGCGGGCGCAUGGAGAGUUAGACCCAGCACACAGAGAGCCGGGACUUGAUGAGAUUCACCCCCUUCCCGCGUAAUGGGGACAGGACCCAUUUCACACUGGCAUGCUGCAAGCUGGCAAUGCCUUUCCACCCAGGACCUCGGAGUGCAAGGCCACGUCCCUCCACCCUGCCCCUCGGGCCGGGCACUGCUCCGUGCAGCCUGGCACCAAACCAUCCAAUGGAGGGAUUUGUAACUCGUUAGCUAAACCGUGGCAAAAGGCCGUGACACACACGUCGUGCAGCUGAAACAAGGCAGACUCUGGUCUCACUUUUGCUGCCUGGGUUUAAACUGAGCUGAAAUGGUGUCCCACAGGAAACUUUGAACUAAACCAUUCAAAUGCAAACAGGAGUGGCUACCAUUAAAAUCCUGAUUCUAGGUCUUCAGCAGAAGAUUUCUAGGGGAUUUUCACACUGUGGAUGUUUGUUGGUUUGGAAACCCAAUCCUUUCCCCUCCCAGCCUGGAAAUGCACAGCUCGCUGUGGUCCCCCCCAGCCCACAGCACCGCCUGGAAACAUGGAGCCAGCACCCCCUAAAUAAUCAGCGUGGUACCCGGGCCACAGCUCAGCCCCUGCCCGGUCUCCGCAUGGGCAGCGAGCAGCUGGCACAGGAGUCACUGGAGCAGGCCUUGGACAGCGCACCCAGAGACUAAUGAGUUUUCAUGGAUCCUACGAAUAGCUCAUUAGCCAGGUUCUCAGUCAGGGACUGCCUGAUGCCUGGCCUUGAUCUAGCCCAGUGGCUGCAGACCACCACCAUGUCUAAGGGCUCCACGAAAGAUGACUAUAAUCCAUCAAAAGCACGUGAACCGCCACACUUACAGUGCAAAGAGGCCUGCACCUCCCUUUGCACGUUUUUA